GUUGAAUUAUUUGAUGACUGCUCUCUUACUUUUGAUGAUGAGGGUAAACCGACACUGUCUUGCGGUCUCUUCGACUCUUUGAAGAUUGAAAUUGAUUUGACAUGCUCGAUUUGUCUGUUUCUCUCACAUGUGGCCAUCUUCUAUGCUACAUGUGUUGUUGUUCUGCUGCAUCGGUGACAAUAGUUGAUGGCUUAAAGGCUGCAAACCACAAAGCAAAAUGUCCUCUUUGUCGACAGGAAGGAGUAUAUGAAGAUGCAACGCACUUAAAUGAGUUGAAUAUCUUGUUGAGCCACAGUUGCCGUGACUACUGGCAGAAGCGGCUUGAGAUUGAAAGAGUUGAGCGAGUUCGUCUGACAAAGAAACACUGGCAAUCUGUGAGACAGGAUUUCCUUGGUUUCCAAUGAACAAAACAUUGUUUGUCAGUCAGUGAUCAAAUUGCUUUGAUGGAAUAACUCUUGUUCAAACCCCUUCUUACCUUCUUGUUUACAGUUGUAAGUUUUUGUAACCAGAUGAUUCGCGCGAAGUCCUCAUAGGUCAAAGAAUAAUGUAAAUGAUGCUGUUGUGAAAUUUUCUGAAAGUGUAUGCUUGAUAGCUAAACUUUAGGAUGCUAUAC